CAAGCUAACGUCUUUCUACAAGGCUAUGAUGUACACACAUGCCGAGUUUUGUCCAUAAUUCCUCCGUUUCCCGUUUUCUUAACAUGCCGGUUGACGAUAUCGCAUAAUCUCUCCGCAGAUUGAGUUGGAGCAUAUCGGAAAUAGAUGUGUCGGGAAUGCAGGUGUGCAGCGUCAGGAAUCGGUAUUAAUGCGAUACUAAUAGGCUCAUACUACCUAAUGGUAUUAGCAGCCGUGAUGAUCGCAGAAGUGACAUCAAGAUGCAAGACCAUCAAGUGUAAGGCCGCUGUCGCCUGGGAAGCUGGCAAACCCCUCAGCAUCGAGGAGAUCGAAGUUGCGCCGCCCAAAGCCCACGAAGUCCGAAUUCAGAUCGUCUAUACGGGAGUUUGUCAUACAGGUAUAUCUUGCCAAGUCUUAAUCCCGAAUCAAGUCCGAAUGUCCCGUUUAACAGUGGAGCAGAUGCCUACACGUUAUCCGGCAAGGACCCAGAAGGCGCAUUCCCUAUCGUCUUGGGACAUGAGGGAGCCGGUAUUGUGGAAUCUGUCGGCGAGGGUGUCACCAACGUAAAGCCGGGCGACCACGUUGUCGCACUCUACACUCCCGAAUGUAAGGAAUGUAAGUUCUGCAAGUCUGGCAAGACGAAUCUUUGCGG